UGACCCGACCGGGGAUCGAACCCGGGACCUUUCGGUUCAGAGGCAAGCACUUUACCACUGCACCAACGAGGUCGUCAAAUGUAUAGUACAAUAUCAUUUUUGGACACUGACGGAUACGUUACUGAUUGGCACGUGCCGGCACUGUAGUUGUGUGCGGAUAUGCCUUUAUAUAACUAAAUAUAUGCUACAGAACCCUUCGUUAGUCCUGACAUGCUCUUGGCCGGUUUUUUCUCUAUUCUCUGGCAUUGAAAAUUAUGUAAAUAUUAAAAAAGCAAAACGUCAACGUCAAAUUUCUAUCAAUGUCAGUUGCCAAUUCAAAUCAACAAUUUCCACAAAUGAGAGUAUUCCAAGUGGAGUGAAUCAAUAUCAAAUCAAAUAGAAUAAAUAUAAAAUCUAACAAAAGUAUAAAUCAUGGUUUUUAAUAUAAUUAACACGGCAAUUUCAAUUUUAUUGAUUAUAUUUGCUAUUCAAGAAAGCAGACCAGAGUUUUCAACAGAAGAUUGUGCAUCCCUAGGAUUCAUCAAAGCUAACUUGCUCUGUUCAUCCUGUGAUCAAUUGAAAGAUUUCAGCUUAGAUGACCUGGUAGUCCAUUGCAAGGAAUGUUGUCAUAAUGACGAAUCUGCCCCAAAACAAAAGAAAUAUGCGCGUGCCAUACUAGAAGUCUGUACGUGCAAGUUUCCGGCGUAUCCUCAAAUUCAAGCAUUUGUUAAAAGUGACCGGCCUGCAAAGUUUCCCAACUUGCAAAUCAAAUAUGUUCGCGGCCUAGACCCCAUUAUAAAGUUGCUAGAUAAAGACGGUAUUGUAAAGGACACUGUGGCGAUCGAAAAAUGGAACACAGACUCUGUAGAAGAAUUUCUCAACACACAUUUAGAGAAGGAGGAAGAUGAUGAUCGUAGUUAUUUAAAAACUAAUCAAAUCUAAUUAUUAUGUAAGUAAUACAUUUCUUAAUUACU